UUAAUUUUAAUUUUGUGAUAGCAAACCAUCACAUCAAGUCAAACCCCCAAACGCACAUCCCACAAAGAGGUCUACCACUUAGAAUCAAGAGGAAAGGCGAACAGACCGUUCAAAACUAUUCUUCCAAGUCCAUCGUCAGGAUGACAUCCAAUGAAAACAAAGAUACGAUCCUCACUAUGCUCAGUGGAUCACUGAUAGGUGGUUAUGAAGAAGAGCUUCUCUCCAUGAAGGUGGAGACCGCAAGGAUAUCUCAUUUUGAUCCCAAGAUGUGUCCUGAAGAAAGAGUCGAAACAAAAUACAAAGGGACCUACAAGUGGCCACAGACCGUUCCUGCGGAUGUGACACAGCAGACCUGUGUCAGAAACAUGGAGCACUUGGCUAGCAGGUCCUGUCUGAUUAACAUUGAGACUGAAAAAUCUUACUGGAGGAGACAAAAUGUGACCUCGUGUCAGCUGCUGCAAGGUCUGCCGAAUAGUAUUGUGUCCCUUCAAAACGUGACCAUCACCAUGGAUAAUGCUGAAGACCUUGCAGACCACAUUUUGAUCCUGUUAAAUUCUUCUAAAUGGAGCGAAGAAGAAAUCAAAGUCCUUGUGGAUAAACUAAUGGACAUUGCCAACUUUGAGGAGAUCAGCCCGACUCUGGCGAGGAAGACAUUACAAAUAAUAGAUAUCUUCAUGACCAGGGAAGCCAACAUGCAAUUGCACAAGAAUCUCAGCAGCAUCUUACAGCUAACACAACGGAUCGGUUUCAAGAUGUCCUUUAAUGGGAGAAAUGCGUCCAUUGUGAUGCCCAAGCUGGCUCUAGCUAUGAUGCGCCCAGAUCCUGUGCAUUUUCAAGGGAUCGCUUUUGGAGUAAUCUCUUACAACCCUGAGAUGGAUCCAGAGCUUGCUAUCCAGCACACCCCCUUCACAACGUCCCUGGCUUCCAUAUUUUUGCCAGGAAUACUGAGAGAUUACUUAAGCGCACAGUCUUUUGACCCGAACAAUCACACCGGGAUCCAGUUUAGCUUCUUUGGCAUACCUUCACUCUUCCAGGACAGAAGCUUUGGGGAAAUAGUCCUAAACACCUAUGUUAUUGGUUCCAGCAUAGAAAGCGUGUGUGUUCAAAACCUCAAGGAGCCAGUGAAUAUUAUUCUGCGGCACAUAGAGCCAAAGAUGAACGAUGCCUUGGUGCACUGUGUCUUUUGGGACUUCAAUAAGAAUGAUGGUCUCGGCGGCUGGAACACAUCGGGGUGUGAAGCCGUAUACUCUGAUGCAAAUUACACAAUCUGCAACUGCACCCAUCUGACCCAUUUUGGAGUUUUGAUGGACAUCUAUCGGGACCCAAUCAAUGAGGCAGAUAACUGGAAUUUGACUCUGGUCUCCUACGUGGGCUGUGGCAUUUCCUCCAUCUUCCUGGGCUUGGCUUUAGUAGUGUACCUCUCCAUUGAAAAGCUUCGUAGGGACUACCUUUCCAAAAUCCUCAUCAACCUCUGUUUGGCACUGCUUAUGCUCAACCUCAUGUUCCUGGUCAACCCAUGGCUGGCCUCAUUCCAGAAGCGCAUUCUCUGUAUCACUGUUGCGGUUGUCCUCCAUUAUUUUCUUCUGGCAUCCUUCACUUGGAUGGGGCUGGAGGCCAUCCACAUGUACUAUGCGCUUGUCAAGGUCUUCAACACUUACGUCCCUCACUACAUACUGAAGUUUUCCAUUGCCGGCUGGGGAAUUCCCACUAUUAUUGUGGCAACUGUCCUUGCUAUAAGAAGAGACUUCUAUGGGACUGGACCUGUUUCCAGGAGCACCGACCCCUUGGAGUCUUUUUGCUGGAUCCAGGACGACAUGGCCUUUUACAUCUCUGUGGUGGCCUACUUCUGCUUGGUCUUCUUGAUCAAUGUCUCCAUGUUCAUCAUAGUCCUCCUGCAGGUUCAUGCCAUGAAAGCAAAGCAUCAUUUCCCAGAGGACCACUGUGGCCAGGAUUUCCUCCACAGCUUGAAGCGUGUGGCCAGCCUGACUUUCUUGCUCGGCUUAACGUGGGGUUUUGCUUUCUUUGCCAAAGGACCAGUGCAGGUCUUUUUCCUCUACCUCUUUGCUCUUUGCAACACUUUGCAAGGGUUCUUCAUUUUUCUGUUCCACUGCCUCAUGAAGGAGAACGUGCGGAAGCAAUGCCAAGUCCACUUCUGUUGCGGGAGGUUUCGUCUCAAAAAUUCUUACUGGAGCAGUUCUGCCACAACGCUGGCUUAUCCGCCGGUGCGAAACCUUGAGCGGAAGCCAUCCUCCCUUUCUCUAAAGUCGUUGAAGUCUUGUGCAACCAACUCUACAUCCAAUGGUUCAGGAAGCCUAACAAGUGCAGACGCUGGUGCUAAGACUGAGCAAAUCUGGUGCAGUGCCGGCUCUGCAUCCUUGACACAUCAGGAAAGUCAACUUCCUCAUGUACGGAAAUUAUCACGAAUGGAAGCUGAGCUGCGCUAUGCUGAGAAAACCAUGGUUUUUCACUGAGCUCCCUCUUGGCCUUUUGGUGUGACUCUCUGGAAGAUGGCUCAGUUCCUGUGGCUCCACAAAAUAAAGUUUACCUACAGAUCUUCUCAAAUACUCAGCCGUUUGCCUUCUCAAAAAGGAGCGGACAGCAUCAAGAUUUAAUUCAAUAAAUCAAAAUGUCUAGAUUUUGUGUAGAUUUGCAAAAGCCUAACAUAGUUGAACAGGAAAUGUAUUCAGGGAUAGCUGUGUUGGCCAUAUUAGCAAAGUAUAAUAACAUCCAGAACCCAAAAACAGGG